AUGAUUGCCUGCCUCUUUGCCGUCUACGUCAACAACUUCCUCGGCCGCAAGCUCUCCCUCAUCGCCACCGGUGCCAUCUCCAUCGUCGGCGUCGUCAUUGAGAUCACCAGUGCCGUAGGCGAGCACCCCAGAUUCGACCAGUUCGUCGGCGGCAAGUUCAUUGCAGCGCUGUCCAUGGGCCUGGCCGCCAACAUUGUGCCAAUCUACCUCUCCGAGUCGUCUUCUGGCCCUGCCCGUGGUUUCGCCGUCAACAUGUACCAGAACGUCCAGAUCAUCGGCUACAUCGUGGCCGCCGGUAUUGUCUACGCGACCUCCACCAUGGGCACUGCCUCAUCGUACUUGAUCCCCAUUGGUCUGCAGCUGCUGGCUCCCACGUGCAUGGUCAUUGCUUCGCCAUUCCUCCCUGAGAGUCCGAGGUGGCUCGUCACCAAAGGCCGAAUUGAGGAGGCUGUUGCUGCCGCCAACCGCCUGUUCCGCACAGACUCGAACAACUUUGAUGCCGCCGACUACGUCGCCAAGAUCCAGGUGUCCAUCGAGGAGGACCGCGAGCAGCAAUCCGCUACUGGCUGGGCCGACCUGCUCCAGGGCCCCGACCUUCGUCGCACGCUCAUUGCGUCUGGUAUCCAGUGUCUCCAGCAGGCCCAAGGUUCCGGCUACAUGGUCAACUACAUCGUAUCCUUCCUCGUGGGCGCCGGGGUCAAGGAUGUCUUCCCCGUUCUCAUGGGAGUCAAUAUGGUCUACUAUGUGGGCAUCCUAUCAGGCCACAUCCUACCGGACAAGUUUGGUCGCCGCACCAUCAUGAUGACCACCUCGGCCGUGUGUGGCGUCACCAUGUACAUUGUCGCGAUCCUGGUCACCGUCUUCAACCCCGGCACCGACAGCAGCCAGAAGGCGUCAAUGGCCCUCAUCAUCCUGUGGCAGGCCGGCUUCGGCAUCCAGUCGCCUCUGAUCUGGAUCACCACGGCCGAGUCUGCCCCGACCCGCAACAGAGAGCGCGUCCAGGCCGUGGCCGUCUUUUUGGGCUUUGGCGUGUCCCUCCUCGUCACCUCGGUGUCCCCGUUUAUCCAGAACCCCGACUUUGGAAACCUCGGGAGCAGAAUUGGCUUCAUCUGGGGAACCUUCUCCUUCAUCACCAUCGGCUGGGUCUUCUUCAUGCUGCCCGAGAUGAAGGGCUUCUCGCUCGAGCAGCUCGACUACCUCUACAACAACAACGUGCCCACGCGCAAGUUCAAGGGCUACCACUUCAGCGACCCGGUCCUGGCCAACAAGGACAACGAGCCCAGGGCCCAGCUCGUCGAGAGCAAGAUCGUCGCCACGGUCAACGAGACUUCCGUCUAG